CCCCCGCGCGAGCGCGAGCCGCCGGCGGAAGUGCUGCAUCGCGCACUUCCGGGUGUUGUCUGGCCGCCGCCGCCGCGCGUCUACGGUCUCCAGGCCGCCGCCGCCGCCUCGGGUCCCGGAGGCAGGAGCGACGUCACCACCAUGGCCGGCAUCAAAGCUUUGAUUAGCUUGUCCUUUGGAGGAGCAAUUGGACUGAUGUUUUUAAUGCUUGGAUGUGCCCUCCCAAUAUACAACCAAUACUGGCCCCUCUUUGUUCUGUUCUUCUAUGUCCUUUCGCCUAUUCCAUACUGCAUAGCGAGAAGACUAGUAGACGAUACGGAUGCUAUGAGUAACGCCUGUAAGGAACUCGCCAUAUUUCUUACAACAGGCAUUGUGGUCUCAGCUUUUGGCCUCCCUAUCGUAUUUGCCAGAGCAAAUUUGAUCGAGUGGGGAGCUUGUGCACUCGUCCUCACAGGAAACACUGUCAUCUUUGCAACUAUCCUGGGCUUUUUCUUGGUCUUUGGAAGCAAUGAUGACUUCAGCUGGCAGCAGUGGUGAAAGGAAUCACUGAACUCUUGUCACAUGGACUUCUUGUCAUUUCUCGGCCGUCCGCGCACACAGGAGACAGGGCAGUGAUGCUGAGCAGUGGAGCAGGCCUCUCGGGGGUGUUCCAGGUGCUCCCUUCUCACUUGUAUUGUAAGCAUACUAUUUUCACAGAGACUUGCUGAAGGAUUAAAAGGAUUUUCUCUUUUG